AUGACGCGACUCAGCUUGUUAAUUUCUCUGAGUUUCGCUCUUCCUUUCAUUCCGAGCGGGCUCGCAGGGCCUGCAUGUGCCAGAAAACAUUACCAGGUUGCCAACUGUGUUUCGAUAUGCAAGUCGAAGUGGGGUUGGACCGGGAGCAUGAUGGGUACCGACCCAUGGGGUUCGGUGGUCAAGAAGGUCGACAUCAACGACUGGGACUCUGUGGUAUCUGUAGCGUGCGGUUCUCCAGUCGCCUCUCCUACGCCAUCCACUGCCGUCCAACCGAUUCCUUCAACAAGCACAGCUCUGCAGACAGAAAGUGUCACCCCCACAAUCGUGGUUACCACGACAUCUUCGACAUCUAGCGCUACUUCAUCAAAAUCCAGCGCUAUUUCUUCUUCAAGUGUUUUGUCCUCUUCAUCCAUUGCUCCUUCCGUCUCUGCUCAAGGUUUCCUUGCGUCCGCUCGUCGAUCGUCUACUACUGUAGUUCCUCAACCCACGACAUCAAUAAGACCGCCCCAGUUUCAAAGUACCUCUACUAAAGUAGAAACAGUCAUCACUACACGGCAGCCUGCAACCACCAAGGCGUCGACUACACAGGCCCCUCAGGUUACACAGACGCCAAAUAAUGGUGGUAGCACCGGUAGCAGUGGCGGUACUUCCAAUGCAGAUAUUCAAGCCUACCUUGCGGGUCAUAACACAAUAAGAGCGCAGCACGGUGCUGCGCCACUGACCUGGAGUGACAGUUUGGCAGCCAAGGCUCAGCAAUGGGCCAAUGGUUGUAAAUUCCAACAUUCCGGUGGAUCACUUGGACCAUUCGGUGAAAACUUGGCUGCUGGCACAGGUUCAGACUAUGGGAUCUCUCAGGCCAUUAAAGACUGGACAGAUGAAGUUUCCGAUUAUAAUCCCAGCAACCCCGUAGCAUCUCACUUUACUCAGGUCGUUUGGAAAGGCACGUCUGAAGUUGGAUGUGCCGUCCAGUCCUGCAAUGGUAUCUUUGAUGCUAGCUUUGGGCCUGCUAAAUAUUUUGUAUGCGAGUAUUCGAAGCAAGGAAAUAUCGUUGGACAGUUUGCGCUUGCACCGACCCACGGCACCUUCAUGCGACUGUCUUCGCGUGUGCUGAGGACAGCAUCUGAAGCCACCUAUGUCUUCCUAGCUCUCGUUGCGGUCGUCGCGACUGGUCUGUCCUGCGCUGCGAUCAUCUCCCAAGCGGUGCGGACGUCCCCGGGGCGCUCGUGGACGAACAACUUUAAUGCGUUGGUGAUUGGGGCGUCGUACAUCAUCGUUUUUGCAGCUUCAGCCUCGUUCUGCGUGAAGCGUCGCGUUGCCGUGCGGCUCAAACUCCAGCGCAUCUCCAAAACCUACCGCUCGGUCGGCAAACAUGACUUACCUGACUCGGUGCACAAACACGUUUUGCAGGAAUAUACCCGCGCCUGUCUGGUGUCGUUCGAAUCUCUCCCCAAAAACGUAUAUCACGAGGGAUGGGGCAGACCAGGUACCAAAUACAACGGCGUCUCAUUCCGACGCGCGCUCCUCGACACGAUUCCGCAUAUCGACGAAUUGGCGCACGUUGUGAUACCGCUGCACCCACGGCUGAAGCCGCACGCGCGGAUGUUGCACCACUUUCGGUUCCUCAACCCGUUGCUGCCAAAGGAUGAAGACGGAAUGACGCCGCUGCACUACUACGACUCUGCGAUCCAGCUGGCGCGGCACUCGUCCCGCGAAGUGACAGAGGAAGAGUUCGAGACGGGCAUGGAAGCGGCGUAUCAGAUCGAGAAAUGUUUGAACGAAUGUCGUUUGGAAAUGUUGGAAUCGGACUCUACAACGCAGCUCGAGGGUUGA